AUGAGGGUGAUGCCGAUGGGCUGGACGCGGAGCUUCUUCUUCGCGCAAGUCUUGCACGCGCACCAGGUCAGCCAGAUCAGGGACUGGACCCCGGGCGCGGCCAUCCAGGAUCGCGCCCCUCCGCCCCCUUUUCGGGCGGGCUCCGAGCUGGCGCUGCCGUGCUGCGACAACUUCGUGGCGGCUGCGUCCUCUAAGGCCCAGGCCGAUGCCCUCCGCGAGGACUGCAAGCGGAGGCUCACCUCGCUCGGUUUCGAGGUCUGCCGCCGCUUGAGCCGCCAGCGACCCUGGCUCAGCGGUCGCCAGUUGGAGCGGCUCUUGGGCCACGCUGCCUUCCAGUUCCUGGGACACAGGCCGUUGCUCUCGAUUUUCCGCAGCUACUACACCUUUGUGCAGUGCCACUACCUCCGACCACGGCGGCUUUGGCGUUCGGCUGCAGAGGAGCUCCGCGCGGCUGCUGCCAUGCUGCCCUUCGCCAGGGCGAACGUGCGGCGGCCUUGGGCUUCCGAGGUGGAGGUGUUCGACGCCAGUCCAGCGGUGUGCGGCGUCCUGUCCGCGGCCUUGCCGGAGAAG